GUGAUGUUGUAAGGAAAUAUCGUCUUUAGCACUCAGAAGUUCGCCAUAUUUAUCGCAAACAGAAACAAAUUUUUCGUGUAUUUAUCGAGUCAAAAUGAAGCCCAGAAGGGCUCUAGAUAAUCUUAAUGACGACGGUACUGUUAUGAAGACGUGCUGUUGUUGUAUGGAUGUUCGUAUUGGCACCAUUGUAUUGGGAUUUUGUCAUUUGUUCAUUCAUAUUGCUGGAGUAGUGGUGCUGGCGCAGAUGCUGCUCCACCCUGAAGUCUAUGAGGAGAAAUAUUACCAGACAUAUGGCACCGUCCCUAGAUCAGCUGAUAACUCAGUCGCCCUGGCCAUCGCUUUCUGCUCAUUUGUCAUCACUGCCCUUCUCAUCUAUGGAUCCAUCACACGUCAGCCCAGCUAUUUGCUACCAUUUUUCUGUCUCCAAGUGUUUGAUUUUUGUGUGAAUCUCCUGGGUGCUGUUGGUGCUAUUAGCUACAUACCACAACUAAAACUCAUGCUAAAGAACAAUCCCAACUUUCCGUACAGAGGUGAUGUUGACAGAUUGGACAUGCACUCCCUGAUGUUCACUGUCGUCAUGGUGUGCCUCAUUGUCCUACUGGUUAAGGCCUACCUUAUUGCCUGUGUGUGGUCUUGCUACAAGAUUCUUGUGAACUACCGGAUAAACCAAGCCACACAAAUCUUCACAUAUGAUGUCAACGGGGAGCCAAAUGAGGACCAUGCCCUUCUACCCAACUAUGAGGAUGCCAUCAAGGACAGUGCCAAGGACACUCCACCUCCUUACACCGCAAAUUAGGCACACCAGGGACCUCACCCGUGCCUUCACAUUUUGAAAUAUUAAAACCUACAUAAUACUCAAUUACACAUUUAAAACAGACCUAGGAUUAUUCAAAACAUGGUUUUUAAAAUACUAUAUCAAAAUAAUAUUCCAAGCCCUAAAUUGCCCACCCCUAAUGCAUCAUUUUGAGCCCAUGGUCGAUGCAACCACCACUGUGAUAGAAAUCUGUCACUAAUAAUUUUGGAGGCAAGUUGACUGGGUUAUUGCGAUAUGUCAUUUCUUCAUGAUAACAUUAGAAAAGUAAUUCCUUGUGGAUAUGAGGUUCUUUACAGUGCCACUUGUAGUAAGAGAGGAUGAUACACCAGUAGAAAGGUUAUUUAUGGUGUUAUACAACAAUUGGAAGAGAAGAGUUGUUGUUUAGGAUGCAUGUGCUGUUUACUAAAAUCACUGUUAUUGUUUUAGAAAACAAAGGAUCUCAGUUU